AUGGCAGGACGUCGUUCUCUACUGCUGCUCGUGGCCCAGGCCAUUGCCCAUGGAAUAGCUCCGGUGUUCGCCCAGGACGACAUUCUUCAAUUUGUAGACCCCCUCAUUGGCACCAUCAAUGGGGGCCACGUCUUCCCCGGGGCCACUUUGCCAUUCGGCAUGGCCAAAGCGGUCGCAGACGUGAACAGCGAUGAGCGACAAGGAGGUUACGCGUCUGAUGACGGCGAGAUCACCGGAUUUUCACACAUGCACGACAGUGGGACUGGGGGAGGGCAAGAGAAGGGCAACUUCCCAAUCUUCCCCCAGACCGGCUGUCCCAAUGACGAUAUUUACCAAUGCGACUUUCCGAAGGCGCUGCGAGCUUCUAAACGUGUCAACGAUACAGUGCGGGCUAGUCCAGGCUAUUUCGCACUUUCGUUGAACACGUCCAUAUUCACGGAGAUGACAGUUACAAACCAUACGGCCUUGUACCGCAUUACCUUUCCAGGACCGUCCUCGAAUACCUCAGCACCCGCCCUGCCGUACAGCCCUCUAAUUCUAGUCGACCUGACAGAUUUGUCUGAUAGCCGCAGCAAUGGCAGUAUAAGUGUCGACCCUGACACGGGCAGGAUAGCUGGCACGGGCACCUUCGGCCCCUCAUUUGGCGACGGGAGUUUCGACCUGCACUUCUGUGCGGAUUUCAAAGGCGCAUUGAUCCGUGAUACUGGGAUUUUCCAGAACAAUCGGCCCGGCCGGGAACCAAAAUCUCUACUUACAUACGGCACAGGCUCCACCAGUCCAAUACCUGGAGGCGCUUGGGUACAAUUCCACCCACCCGACGACAGCGAUCAAAUCCGGGUGAGAGUCGGGCUGAGCUACUUGAGUGUAGAUAAGGCAUGCCAGAACGCCGAGGCAGAGAUUCCUGGGGACUUUGACUUUGAUGGCACGAGAGCCGCUGCGGAGGCCGCUUGGAGAACGAAAUUAGGGGUUGUUUCUGUGGACCCGACUGGUGUCAACAGCACGUUCUUGACGACGUUCUGGUCAGGCUUGUACCGAAGUAUGAUUUCGCCGCAGGACGUGACUGACGAGAACCCACUUUGGGAGAGCUCAGAGCCAUACUACGACUCUUUCUAUUGUAUCUGGGACUCAUACCGUAGCAUCCAUCCUCUGAUAACUUUACUUGAUCCUCUUAGUCAGACUCUCAUGGUACGGAGUUUGAUCGACAUAUACCGUUUUGAAGGCUACUUGCCAGAUUGUCGCAUGGAUCUAUGUAAAGGUUUCACGCAAGGCGGUUCCAACGCAGAUGUUGUGCUUGCAGACACCUUCGUAAAAGGCCUGACCAACGGGAUUGACUGGGAAGUAGGAUACGAAGCUGUUGUGAAAGAUGCUGAAGUUGAGCCGCCUAAAUGGUCAGUCGAGGGUCGCGGAGGUCUCGCAAGCUGGAAGAGCCUGAACUAUAUACCCGCCGAUGACUUCGAUCCUUACGGUGUUGGACCGUUCACGAGGUCAAUAUCUCGGACAGUGGAGUACGCAUACAACGACUUUGUCAUUGCUCUGAUGGCAAAGGGCCUCAACAAGACUGCCGAUGUCGAGAAGUAUAUUGAGAGAUCGGGCUACUGGGCAAACCUCUUCAAAGAGGACCAAACAUCCUUCCUCAAUGUUUCACAGGACGACGGUCCUCUUGUUGAAAGCGGAUUCACUGGGUUUUUGAUGCCAAAGUAUCUGAAUGGUACAUUUGGCUUUCAGGAUCCCUCUCUCUGCUCUCUGCUAUUCAAUUUCACUUCAUGCUACCUGAAUGCUAACGGACACGAGACUUACGAAGGCAGCUCGUGGCUGUACACAUUUUAUGUGCCUCAGGACAUGGCUACCUUGGUCACGACGCUCGGCGGACCCGAAAUGUUCACCUCGAGGCUGCAGUAUUUCCUCGACACCCCAGGUCUGAAUUACAUCGGUGACGAACAGGCUUUUCUGCCCACGUACUUGUUCCAUUACGGGGGUCGACCGGGAUUAUCGUCAUAUUACCGGCAUUUUUACAUCCCCAGCCAAUUCAACGAGUCCAUCAACGGCAUUCCCGGAAACGAUGACAGCGGUGCGAUGGGCAGUUUCAUAGGGCUGACCAUGAUGGGACUUUGGCCCGUUAGCGGACAGGACGUGUAUCUGAUCACGCCACCGUUCUUCAGAGAGGUCAACAUCACGAACCCGCUGACAGGAAAUACCGCGACGAUCCGGAACAUCAACUUUGAUGGGGAUAGCUACCAAAAUAUCUAUAUACAGAGCGCCACUCUGGACGGGCAGCCGUAUACGAAGAACUGGAUUACGCAUUCUUUCUACAUGGACGGCGGCCUAUUGGAGUUGACGCUUGGUGCGAACGAGAGUAGCUGGGGAGUGCGGGACGAGGAUUUGCCUCCGAGCAUUUCCACUGGGUACUUCACUUGA